UCUAUUGCGGGCAACGCGGAAAUGUCCUAAAAUUGUUCCAUCCGUGUUUCCGUAGCACAAACCUCUUCUCCCACUCUGUUUUGUGACUGUUAUUAAGCUGACUCUUCUCACACUGAAUCCCACUUUCGCCACCAAUACGAGCUUGACAUUGUUUGACCACAAGAGCUUAUGUGAUGGUGUCGACUCGAAGAUGACCUGCUGCUGCUACUUGAGUGUCUGACUCACUUAAAAUCAUCCACUUAAGCGGCUCAAGUUUGAGGUUGCACACAGGGUGACCAAUGCUUUCAGAUGAGCUUGACUCCAAACCAGAGCUGCUGGUGCAGUUUGUUCAGAACGCGUCCAUCCCAUUUGUUCAGGGUCUGGAAGACUCUGAGUCCAAACACUCAUGUCUGCCUCUACUGACUCCAGCUCAGAACUCACUGUGCAGCCCGCUGGAGCUCACAGAUGGAGGCCUGAGUCAUGAGCCUGAGAGGUCUCCUUCCCUGUCAGAGUUCGGAGGUGUGUCAGAGAGAAACCCCCUCGUGAUCCAGGCACACUCUCAUUCACGGGCCUCACCUAGCCCUCCGCACAUCCUCCAUGAUUUACAACAGUCAGACGGCACUUCCUACGUCCUGCUGAAUUUGGCAAAAGGCAUCACAGCCUCCUCAGAGUCCCUGAUCUUUGCCGCAGAUGGCACUGGGGAGGAUGACGAUGAGGGGGUCUCAUCGGGGGACUACGGGAUAGAUGGCAGUGCUCCCUGGUAUCUGCGAGUACAGGAGCUGGCACAUGACAGCCUGAUUGCUGCUACGAGGGCACAGCUUGCGAGAGAUGCCAAGGCCAGCCAGGAUGCCAGAGCUUCAAGUGUCAGUAACGGUGACCACACACACAGAUUGACGGCAGACGGGGACCAGCGGGAGCCCCUGCCUCCUCGGACCAACCGCCCCCUCUCCAAACAAAUCCUCCGCUGCUCAUUUGAGGGCUGCUGCAGGACGUUCACCUGGCCGGCUCAUCUCAAAUAUCACCUGAAAACACACAGGAAUGACCGAAUGUUCAGGUGCGGCGCGGAAGGCUGCGGGAAGAGUUUCUACGUGCUGCAGAGGCUGCAGGUUCACAUGAGGACGCACAACGGCGAGAAGCCCUUCAUCUGCAAGGAGAAGAACUGUGGCAAAAAGUUCACCACCGCUGGAAACUUGAAGAACCACAGGCGCAUACACACAGGGGAGAAACCUUUUCUGUGUGAAGCAGAUGGCUGCGGGCGAUCCUUUGCAGAGUAUUCCAGUCUACGGAAACACAUGCUCGUACAUUCUGGUGAGAAGCCUCAUCACUGUGGAAUCUGUGGGAAGACGUUCUCUCAGUCCGGCAGCAGAAACGUCCACAUGAGGAAGAGACAUGGAGAGGAGGGACUCGGCAGUGACAGCAGAGAAACGGGAGAAGCUCUGACACAAAGCAGCUUGCUGGAGGCUGACGGUGAGAAUGGAGACAGUAUGGUCACCAUGACGACAACCGUGGAACCCUUGAAUCUCCAUCACGCUAUGCUAAGAUCGCCAGGCUCGGCAGACUCGGUGGUCGUCCUCUCUCAGCCACACGAGCUGGUGACCAUGACGACCGAAGGCCAUGCAUAUGGAGAAGACGUGGUGGCAUUGCUGUAGUCUGCAGUGACAAAUGUCAAACACUGCUGGACCUGUACCCAGUGGACUAAACCUCAACAUGCGUCUAUAAAUAGAUUAACAGCUGAGUUUAACCCCUGUAGAUAUUUGUAAUUAGCAACCAAUGAUGCUUUUAUUUUGAAAAGUGUGCAGGGCAGAGGGCAAACGACCCUUUUUCCUCAAGUUUUUGAAAACAAAUACUCCCAAAGAGACACUGAGACGGGUUUUAAAAAGUUUAUGAU